AUGGACGCGGGGCCAUCAACGUCCCUUGACACCACUUCGCUCUCCGCGUCCUCGGCGGUCAUCGCGGCCAACGCAAACACAAACACAAACACAAACACCCAGCCCCUCACCCCGCGCCAGAGGGAGAAGGCGCCGCUCGUGGCGCCUGGAGCGGUCACGUUCCCGCCCGGAGUCGACCAUGAAAUCACGUUGCUGAUCAGCGAUUACCUCUCGUCGCGCCAUCCGCGACUCGCCCACGUCCUCGAUGCCGAGCUGGGGCCGGCACGGGACGAGGCUGUGCGCGAGGAGAUUGAUGCUGUGGAGAGGGCUCUGCUCGAUGGCGACUUUGGAUCGAUCGAGGGGCUGCUUGCGCAAGGGUGGCUUGGUCCUCAAACGCAAAAGGCGUUCCUCUACAUGAGCUAUCGCCAGCAGUUUCUCGAGUACAUUGACAACCGCGAAUCGCAAAAGGCGUUCAACCUGCUACAGAAGCGCCUAAAGCCGCUCGAGCACUAUCAGCCUGUUCCGUACGACUUUUACUCGCUCGCGUACCUCACCUCGGCGUCUACGGUGCACGAUGCGCCCGGGCUGCGCGACUGGGCGGGCGCAGGUCCAGAGCGGGAGCGGCUGGUGCAGAUGUGGCGCGAGCUCACCGAGGGCCGCCGUCCUGUCGGUUCUGGCGACCUCGUCGCGCCCACGGACCGACUGCUCACGCUUCUAAAGCAGGCUGUGGCUUGGCAGGUGCAGAAUGCCCGACCGCGCGGUGCGGGGCCCUGGGCAGUGCCUACGCUGCUAACCGACUAUGUGCCGCCAGCCGUGCCCUCGAGGCUCGAGCGGCUCAUCAAGGGCCACCGCGCCAACGUUAAAUGUGUGGAUUGGCUGUCGGACACGCUAGGCGUGAGCGGCUCAAGUGACACAACACUGCGUAUCUUCUCGGUCGAGGAUGGCGUCACCCGCCAUGUCCUCACGGGCCACCAGUCGCGUGUGUGGGACGUGGCCGCGUCGUCGAGUGGAUCGCUCAUUGCGUCUGGAUCGGGCGACGGCACCGUGCGGAUCUGGUCGCAGCAGGGCGACUGCCAGAGCGUGUUGGCUGGUGACGGCGGCGACAUUUACAGCGUGCGCUGGCAGCCCUGGCGCGACGACAUGGUUGUCGCUGCGUGCUAUGACAGGAUCCUGCGACUCUGGGACGUCGAGGCCGGCAAGCUUGUGCGCACGUUCUCGGGCCACGCGCAGAGCACGCUUGCUGUGGCGUUUGACCCGACAGGACGAGUGAUCGCAUCUGGGUCCAAGGACAGACACAUUAGGCAGUGGGACACUGUCGGCGGCGUGUGCGUUCAGACCAUGACUGCGCACCUCGGCGAAGUCACGUCCGUCGAGUUUGAUCUCGAAGGCAGGUACCUCCUCGCAGGGUGCAAGGACAACUCGAACCUGCUCUACGAUCUCCGCAUGAACACAUCCAAGAACAUUAUCCGGUGCAGCUUUGCGUCGCCGUCGAGCGGGCUCAUCGCCGGCGGGUCCGAGGACGGCGUCGUGUAUCUGUGGGAACGCGAGGGCUCGCCCGACGACUCGAGCAUGCGCUUCCGCGACGGUGAGCGCCACGGCGGUCGCGACAGCGGCAUCUCGACGCCCGCGGGUGCCGGUGCCGGUGCCGGUGCCGCGAUCACAGGCUCGGCAGCCGCAUACUACCCCCCACGCUCGUUUGCGCGCACCAGCUCCAACAGUACCUUGGGAGGCACGGGCACCACCACCACCGUCCGCCCGCUCAAGGUGCUCGCGGGCCAUGGCGCCGGUGCCGUCUUUGACGUGCGUGCGCGCAGGGGCACGCUGCUGAGUGCCGGCGAGGACGGCGCCGUGGGCGUGUGGGGCGAUGAGGAGUAA